UUGGUACGAUAGUUGGUACCGCUAAAAAAACUAAACGCCUUUGAGGUUAGUUUUGCGUUUGUUUAAAAUGUGAUGGAAGGACCCUCAGGUGCCCCACCGCGUAAACCGAAGCCCCACUCCGAUCACAUUUUGCGCAAAAGACAGUCGCAGAAGCCUCAAUUUGGAAAGACCGUAAUUUACGUCAAUACAAAGACUCCAGUCAAGGCACUUCUUGACCGUUGUUCCAAACUAAUCAGUGAGGGGGAGAAGGAAAUUACGAUUUAUUGCCUGGGGGCUGCCAUACAGAGGGGCACCUUGUUGGCUUUGAAAGUGUGUGAGGAGAAUGUAGGGUUUCAGAUACACACUAAUACUUUCACAACGGAAUUAAUCGAUGAUUUAGAGCCGGCCACUGACGAUGCUGAUUACGCCAUCCAGCGCAGGUUUAACUCAGCGUUAAAAAUCAAAGUUUCCAAGCCAGAUUUGCUGUGAAAAUGUUUUUCACUUUGGCGGAAAUAGUGCGUUGGUUGGGACUUACAGUUUUCGAGAUUUGGAUCAACUUGAUCUCGUUUUUAAUUUUUACGAUAAUUUUAGCCGUGAAAUAUGAUCCAAAUGUCGAUAUUUAUAGUAAUAACUGGUGGAUGAUUUUUCUGCCGUUGUUUGCCGGUGACGCACUCAACACAUACUUUUGCGUAAUCAUUUUUAUAAGAAUGUUAUCAGAAAUGACUCUCAGAACGUCACUAUUGCGUGUGAGUUGGUCAGGCACUUUUCUAUUAAUGACUUUCUUGUUUAAGUUUUUGUUGUGUAAAAAAUUGUUAGGGCAGAUAAGUCUUGAUUAUUCCGAAGUUUUCGCUCCGCUUUAUAUUCUUCUACAAUUAAUUGCGGUACGGGCGUGCCAACAAAGUUAAGAACAAAUAAAGUUAUUUAUUUUUA